AUGGAGCGGUACGCAGGUCGCGUCGCCCUGGUGACGGGCGACAACUCCGGCAUCGGCGCCGCCACCUCACGGGCGCUGCUCAGGAGGGGGCUCAAGGUCGUCGGCCUCGACAAGAGGAUCGACAGGGUCCAGCAACUUGCUCGAGAACUGAAGGACGCUCCGGGUACGCUCUAUCCGUUGCAAUGUGACGUCAGCGACGAGGAGAAUGUUCUAUGCGCCUUCAAAUGGAUCAAAGAGAAUUUAGGAGGGGUCGAUGUUCUUAUCAACAGCGCCGGCGUUUGCAGAGAAAACCUUCCCACAACUGGACAGACAGCCGAGUGGCGGCACACACUGGACGUCAACGUCCUGGGGCUGUCCGUCUGCACGAGGGAGGCCGUCCAGAGCAUGCUGGACAGGGGAGUCGACGACGGCUUCGUCAUCCACAUAUGCAGUAUAGCUGGUCACAUCAUGCCAUUCGAUUCAUUGUACUCGAUGUACUACGCCAGCAAGCAUGCUGUCAAGGCUCUGCUUGAAGGACUGAGGAAGGAUCUGGUUGCCAGGAAGAGCAACAUACGGUGUGGGGAAAUAUCGCCAGGAAUUGUGAAAACAGCUAUAUAUAAUAACUUAAAAAAGUAUUCGCUUGAAGCACUGGAAAAUAUGCAUACACCUAUGAUGGAACCUGAAGACAUAGCGGAUGCAGUUAUCUAUAUGUUAUCGCAACCUCCACAUGUUCAAGUCUACGAUAUUAUCAUUCGUCCAACAGGAGAUUUAUAUUGCUGA